AUGUGUAGGGAGGUGGAGCUGAGAACCAAAGAGAAGUACGGGAAGGAAUGCAAGAUCUGUGCCAGGCCCUUCACAGUGUUCCGGUGGUGCCCUGGGGUCCGAAUGCGCUUCAAGAAGACAGAGGUGUGCCAAACCUGCAGUAAACUGAAAAACGUCUGCCAGACCUGUCUGUUGGACCUGGAGUAUGGGCUGCCCAUCCAGGUUCGUGACGCAGGAUUGUCUUUUAAAGAUGAUAUGCCAAAGUCAGACGUCAACAAAGAAUACUACACGCAGAACAUGGAGCGAGAGAUUUCUAACUCUGAUGGGACACGUCCAGUUGGCAUGCUGGGGAAAGCUACAUCCACCAGUGACAUGCUGCUCAAACUGGCCCGGACCACACCCUACUACAAGCGGAAUCGGCCCCACAUUUGCUCCUUCUGGGUGAAAGGCGAGUGCAAGAGAGGAGAGGAGUGUCCCUACAGACACGAGAAGCCUACAGAUCCAGAUGACCCCCUUGCUGAUCAGAACAUCAAGGACCGCUACUAUGGCAUCAAUGACCCCGUGGCUGAUAAGCUUCUAAAGCGGGCGUCAACAAUGCCUCGUCUGGACCCGCCGGAGGACAAGACCAUCACCACGUUGUAUGUUGGUGGUCUAGGCGACACCAUUACUGAGACAGACCUAAGAAAUCACUUCUACCAGUUUGGAGAGAUCCGGACGGUCACUGUCGUUCAGAGGCAGCAGUGUGCCUUCAUUCAGUUCGCCACCAGGCAGGCCGCAGAGGUGGCUGCUGAGAAGUCCUUUAAUAAGUUGAUUGUCAAUGGCCGCAGACUCAAUGUGAAAUGGGGCAGAUCCCAGGCUGCCCGAGGAAAAGAAAAGGAGAAGGACGGAACCACAGACUCUGGAAUCAAGCUCGAGCCCGUGCCCGGGCUGCCAGGCGCUCUGCCUCCUCCUCCUGCGGCUGAAGAAGAAGCCUCUGCCAACUACUUCAACCUACCUCCGAGCGGUCCUCCAGCUGUGGUCAACAUCGCCUUGCCUCCGCCCCCUGGCAUCGCCCCGCCCCCGCCCCCAGGGUUUGGGCCACAUAUGUUCCACCCCAUGGGACCACCCCCUCCUUUCAUGAGGGCUCCAGGACCAAUCCACUACCCUUCUCAGGACCCGCAGAGGAUGGGAGCCCACGCUGGCAAGCACAGCAGUCCCUAGCACACCGGUGCCACAGGGGAAACGGCGCUUAGCGAACUCCAGGAAUGGGUCUUGGAUUAAAUCUAUUUUCCCGUCUUUGUAGUCUCCCUGGUAGCUGAAUGCGGUCAGAUGUGGGGCAGUCAGAGCUGCAGCCGGCCUCUCAUGUUGAAGGACUGACGGAGCUCCAGUAAGCUGCCCGAGCAGUCAGGCGUUGCUCUCACAUGACUAACGAGACCUGAGGAGUGCUCCCCCCGCCCCAGCUGUGUGGGGGGCGCCUGCGAGUUGUCAUCCCAACUACAUGUUCGUUUUUUACUUUUGGGGGGGUGGGGUGGGGGGCUUGACCUGCAGUCCAAAACAAAAAACUUUUGUCCAUUUUUCUGUCCAUUGGGUAUUUUCCUUUUUCUUAUCUAAGAAAGAUAACCAGGACUAAUCAUUGUAGAGACCUGAGUGGGACUUCCUCGUCCAAAGUCACACCUUGGGAAGAAACCAGCAUCUUCUCCUCAUUCCUGCCCGAGAAAUCCGACUGUGGUUUGACUUCGCUGUGCCGCCACCAAGAAAGAUGCAAUGGCCGGACGCGCCGCCAAGUCAUAAGGAAAUGCGAAUUUGUGGAGCCCGGUGUCUGGAAUCAAAAUGAUUUAAAACACCUGUGAAACCAGCAGGCUUGGCGUGUUUGUGUGUGCCUGGAAGCCGCAACUCGGCUGGGCCUCGGAUCUGAAACACUGGCCUUCAUGCGUCUUCCCUGUGCUGUGCAGGGGCGAGCAGUGUGGUCCUGGAGCCUUUGGAUAGAGCUAGCUGAGGCGUAGAUGGUCAAGGAAAUGUAAUGUGUUUCAUUUUGUUUUAAAAUAAUUAAAACGGGUCAGUUUUCCAAA